GCUAACUUUCACAAAGAAUAUGUGCUCCACCACCAGUUCUGAUCAUCCGAUCAGCGCCCAUGUUAUAAUGAACUCACAAGUGCCAGUAGUGACAGCAGUGACAGCAGCUGGCAAACACAGAACGAAGAGGAGAUGUCGGCGGCGUCCAGACCCUUGAAUGUAUCUUCUUCAAGUUUUCACCUUUCAUCUUCUGUUUUCUCUUCAUAUCUCAGAAAUCCCAAGCCCUCUAACCUCACUUUCUUUUUGCCUCGUUCGGCAUCCAGCACCAUAUAUUUGAGCAUCAGAGCAACUUCCUUAUCGCCGCCGGCCACCCAAAGAACCGCCGCUUCCACCUCCACCUCCCAGUCGGUGUCUCCCGAUCGCUUCAGGGUGGACAUUCUUACUGAGUCACUUCCUUACAUCCAGAAAUUCAGGGGUAAAACCAUCGUCGUCAAGUAUGGUGGCGCUGCCAUGAAGGUUCCUGAACUCAAGGCUUCGGUGGUCAGUGAUCUUGUCCUCCUUUCUUGCGUUGGUCUCCGUCCUGUUCUUGUCCACGGUGGAGGGCCUAUGAUCAACCACUGGCUCCAACUCCUCAACAUCCAACCUCUCUUCCACGAGGGCCUCCGAGUCACUGAUGCUAAGACCAUGGAGAUCGUGUCUAUGGUCGGGGUGGGUAAGGUUAACAAGGACUUUGUCUCUCUCAUUAACAAGGCUGGUGCUACUGCCGUUGGGCUUUCCGGUAUGGAUGGUCGCCUCCUCACGGCUCGACCCACCCCCAAUUCCGCCCAGUUGGGUUUUGUCGGAGAAGUCGCCCGUGUUGAUUCCACCAUCCUACAGCCGCUCGUCCAUAAUGGUCACAUCCCAGUGAUUGCCUGCGUGGCAGCCGAUGAGUCUGGCCAAUCAUACAAUAUCAAUGCUGACACAGUGGCUGGGGAAUUGGCGGCGGCUUUGGGGGCUGAGAAGCUUAUUCUGUUGACGGAUGUGGCUGGCAUACUAGAAAAUCGGGAUGACCCAAAGAGUUUGGUGAAGGAGACUGAUAUAAAGGGAGUGAAGAAGAUGAUAGCGGAAAAGAAGGUUGCUGGUGGAAUGAUUCCUAAGGUCAAUUGUUGUGUACGGUCACUUGCUCAAGGUGUGAGAACUGCUAGUAUCAUAGAUGGGCGAGUUCAGCACUCUUUGCUCCAUGAGAUUAUGUCAGAGGAAGGCAUUGGAACCAUGAUCACUGGGUAACAUGUAGUCACUCUGUUCUGUAUUGUAAUCUCUCCAUUCGUGUUAUUGCAUGUACUUAUGACUUAGAUGCAUGAAUUACUUAUUAUUCUCUACUGUUUUUAAUC